AUGGGUGUUGCUGACCUAAUUAAAAAGUUCGAGCAAUUUUCGAACAAGGAUUCGGAAGAAGAUUCUCGAUCUCCUACUCCUAAUCGUUCAACUAAUAUAGAUCUUACAAAUGAGAGCAGGGAAACUGCCGUCGAAGAAGCAGUUGUCGACGAACCUGUGGUGGAAGAAGCAGUUGCUGAAGAAGCAGUAGUGGAAGAAGCAGUAGUGGAAGAACCAGCUGUCGAAGAAGCAGUAGUGGAAGAACCAGCUGUUGAAGAAUCAGCUGUUGAAGAAUCAGCUGUUGAAGAAGCAGUAGUGGAAGAAGCAGUAGUGGAAGAAGCAGUUGCUGAAGAAGCAGUAGUGGAAGAACCAGCUGUUGAAGAAUCAGCUGUUGAAGAAGCAGUAAUGGAAGAGCCAAAUGUCGAAGAAGAUAAGAACAAUGAAGGUGACGGUGUUGAUGAAGAAGAAGGUGAUGAAGAAGAAGCCAACGGAAAUAAUAAUGAAAAUAGUGCAGCCAAGAAGAAGAAGAAUAAGAAGAAGAAGAAUAAGAAGAAGAAGAAGGGUGGUAACUAA